GCGCCGCCGUAGUGUUCCCAGAUCGUGUCCAUUGUGAUGUCGUGAACCGAACGAGAUUUUUAGCAGUACGCACCGGGAAGAGCAUAUAACAGGAAAUUUUUUUUUUAAUUUUGUGUCGGGGAAAAACCGACGCAGGACGAUUUUAACAAAAAAUAAUAUAAUAUUGCGUGCGUUGAAUAAAAUACUAUACGCCUUCGUCGUGGUGUCGGCGAAAUAAUAGUUGUUGCGAACCGGGAUGAUCUGAGAGGUGAAACGAAAAAAUAUUCGCAGCCCGUCGUCUCCGUCCGUCACGUGUAGUGUCGUGUGCACGCGUGCAAAUAAAUCGUCGUCUCCGCGGGUCGUCGCGUAGAUCUCCGGCGCCGGAGACGGACGUUCGAGCAUUCCUGCGGUUAGGACCACAGCACUCGGUACCACCUGCACCUGAGUCUCGGGUGGCUGUCGUGCGUUGACGUGUCCGCCGCGCAGAAGGCGUCUGCGACCACCGGAAGUUGAGCGUCCCGGUGUCCGGUGCAGCGGAAGAGUCUGCGGGCGAACCGGGAAACGGGACGGGAGCGGGAGCGGGCGAGCGGGCGCGGGCGGCGUCGGUGACAAUAUACGACGGCGGUGACGAAGCGCUCACGCCGGCCCGUCCGCGCCCAACGGUCGUGAUCGCGACGUUGCCCCGUGAUCUGUGCAACGACGAGAUGAUCGCGCCCAGCUGCGGCGGUGGUACAAACAAUGGUGAGCGGUGGUGAUACCGCCGUGCCGGGGCGCCGGUCAUCAUGCGUUCCGAGCGGUCGGAGCGGCCAUCGCCACUGUUGCAGCAGCUACCGCGGUCCUGCCCCAGAAUCCGCACCGGGAUACCGUUACCGCGGUCGUCGUCGUCGUCGUUGUUGUUGUUGUUGUUGUUGUUUCUAAGGGGUGGUCGUCAUCUUCGCCGCCACCACCGCCGCCACCAGCACCAGCGCCGAGCCCGGCUGACCUUCACCGUCGCAGCCGCCGCCGCCGCUUGGUGUUACCACCAUGCGGCUGGUGCAGAGCAUCGCGGGCCGACGCGAGUCCGCGGACGCACAACCCGCCACGUCCACUAGCAGCACGCGCCUGCUUCACCACGGCCAGUCGGCCGACCUCGAGCAGAUCAGCAUCGUCUCAUCGAACGCCACUCCGUCGCAAGUGACGUACGGCACUGGUCUGGUCACGGCCAACGGGCCCAGGAUAGUACCAGGAACAAUCACCAGCACAGGGCGGAUUGGCGAACGACUUAGCAUAUCUGGCACGAGAUUAGAUACUGGGAGUCCAGUAAGAUUCGGUACUAAAUCCAGUGUCGAAUCACUUAGGCUCUCUGCUGGCCGACAAAGCUUACUCGACUUAGUAGGAUGUAGAUUCGGCGUAAGUCGAAAACCACCUCAGACCUGUUUCUCCCACUCCAGAGACUCGUUGACGCCGGUGUACACAAACCAGACUAGCAGUUGUCUGCCAGGUGGCAUAGCCAGCUCGGAUUCGGACAUAGCGGCCAAGGCGGGCGGAAAAUCGUCCUCCGGGCAGCACCGUCCGAGCCGGGUCAACUUUGAUGGCACCGGCGCCGGGGUGGGCGACAGUUGUAGCGGAGGCGGAGAUGGGGGUACCGCAGGAAGCGGAAGUGCUUCCGGUGCAGCGGCGGCGGCGGCGUCAAGUGGCGGUGGUGGAGCCGACGGUGCUGGUGGAGGUAGCACCACGACUGGUAGGGCGUCGUAUAACAACGCCCGCGGUUCCAUCUGCUUCGACGGCGGCCGGCAGAAGAACGGCGGUCCCCGGCAGUACAGGAACCGGACGUCCGACCGAGUCAAGGGCAUACGGUGGUCGUUUGUGUUCGACCCCGCCGGACAGCUCUGCUACUACUGGAACAUGGUCGUGUCCAUGGCAUUUCUCUACAACUUCUGGGUGAUCAUAUAUCGGUUCGCGUUCAGCGAAAUCAACCGGAACACGAUAGUGGUGUGGUUUUGUUUGGACUAUAUAUGUGAUCUGCUUUACGUGAUCGACAUAUUAUUUCACUUCCGCACGGGUUACCUGGAGGAUGGAGUGCUGCAGACGGAUGCCGCCAAACUGCGCAACCAUUACAUGAACUCGACUACGUUCUACAUAGACUGCCUGUGCCUGUUGCCGUUGGACUUCCUCUACCUGUCCAUAGGGUUCAACUCCAUCCUCCGAUCGUUUCGGAUAGUGAAGAUCUACCGGUUCUGGGCAUUCAUGGACCGGACCGAGCGGCACACCAAUUACCCGAACCUCAUCCGAUCCGGCAGCCUCAUCCACUACCUGUUGGUGAUAUUUCACUGGAACGGGUGUCUUUACCACAUAAUCUACAAGAACAACGGGUUCGGUAGCAAAAACUGGGUAUACACGGACUCGGAUACCGAGGAGACGGACACGGUCAAGCGGUACCUGCAGAGCUACUACUGGUGCACGCUGGCCUUGACCACCAUCGGUGACUUGCCCAAACCCAGGAGCAAUGGCGAGUACGCGUUCGUCAUAUGUCAGUUGCUGUUCGGUCUUCUACUGUUUGCAACCGUGCUCGGCCACGUGGCAAGUAUAGUGGUGAGCGUGAGCGCGGGCCGCAAAGAAUUCCAAGAUGGUACUGCUCAAUCGAAAUUGGACGGUGUUAAAACGUACAUGCGAAUGAGAAGAGUACCGAAUCACUUGCAGACCAAAGUGAUUAAAUGGUUUGACUACCUCUGGUUAACGCAAAAAUGUUCAGACGAAGAAAAAGCCAUUAGCUGUUUACCGGAUAAACUAAAAGCUGAGAUCGCAAUAAACGUACACUUGGACACGCUGAAAAGGGUUGAAAUCUUUCAAAACACAGAAGCCGGAUUCCUUUGUGAACUGGUGUUGAAAUUAAGACCCGUGUUGUUUUCUCCCGGAGAUUAUAUUUGUAGAAAAGGGGAAGUUGGCAAAGAAAUGUACAUAGUAAGCAGAGGGAAACUACAAGUGGUCACCGACGAUGGCAAGUCGGUUCUAGCAGUACUUCGAGCAGGGUCAUAUUUUGGAGAAAUCAGUAUACUUAAUAUGGGAACAGCAGGGAAUAGGCGAACUGCUUCAGUCCGGUCAGUAGGCUAUAGCGAUCUGUUCGUUUUGUCAAAAAAAGACAUGUGGGACGUGCUCAAAGAAUACCCUACUGCCAGAAUCAGACUAGAGGCAAUAGCAACCAAACGUCUGGAAAAGUACAAAACUGAACCUAGUCCAGACGAUAAAUUAGAAGGAUUAGUCGGAAGACGAUGCAAAUCGACGCCCGGAAUCGUAGAAAGCCAAAUUAAAGUAGAAGAUGAGAUGUGGUUGCAAUCCAGCGAAGGUCUUUUAAGGCCAGCGGCUACAUUUAAUAGCAAUAUCAAUAACAGGACUUCAUUCAGUCCUACCGCAAGUCCUAGUUUCAGAUCAAAUGCCGCAGCAACAUUAGAAUCCCCUCUGUCUAGUAAAUAUUCUCUAGAUCAAGAACACCACCAUCACCACCAUCACCAUGUUCAAGAUGCUCAAAAACCACAAGCAACAACUUCAGGUGUAGGUAAAGAUGCAACGAUGGUGUCAGCAUUGGAAGCGGAAAUUAAUAGACUUCAAGAACGUUUGAUAGCUGUAGAAACAGAGAACUUGUAUCUCAACAAAAAAGUUACUCAACAGCGGUGGGACAUGGACCACAGGCUUGCUGAAAUUGAGAUGCAGAUUUGUAAAGACGUUGGAAGUAGUGCAGAUAGUAGUUGUGAUGAUAACGAAAGAAAUAAAGAGUCGAUCAUCUAAGUGAUUUUUCCGAUUAAAUUUUUAAAAAAAAAAACAGAUUCAUCUGCGCCAAAGACUGACGUCAAUAUUAUAUCGAGUUAUAAAUUGUAUUUUUUUUUUUUUAACUACCAGGGUGAAAUUUACAAAACCCAGGAAACUGCAAUUAUUUUGGUUCACAUAAUAUAAACAGAUGAAUUUACUAAUAAUGCGCGUAAGAUUCAGGCCUAAUAAACAUAUUUUUUCAACUCAAAAUAAAAUUUCUUCAUGUGAUUAAUUAAUUAUGAUAGAAUCGAAUGAAUUAAACGAUUACCUAUUAACAAAGUAAAUGAAUACUAAGUGGAAAAUUUUUUUCUACUCAGUGAAGUAUGUAUUCGCGUUUUGCAUUUUAGGAAUUUAAUCAUAAGAUAUUUACAUGUCAUAAGCUAAUUAAGAUAAUAUACAUUUUACAUCUUCGGUAGGUAUAUAUCUAAAUGCAUGAUGUCAUGUAAUUAUAUUAUUUUACCAACAGCAUUUCGAAGCUGAUACCAAUUGUGCAAAAUAUUAGGAAAGUAAAAAAAAUAUUAUUUGUUUGAUGCCCACCAACGUUUUUAAAUAGGUACCAAUUAUUUGUUAUUUUUUUUUCAAUUACAAAAAUUGUUAUCUUAUCAAAGUCAUAAUUAUAUAAUAUAUAGUUGCAGUGUUUUCCCUUAUUGUAAUUGCAGUAAGUUCCUGUACUACGUUUAUUAGAUAAACAUUUCAAUUAUGGGGACCAAAUGAUUAAAUCGGUCAAUGACUUUGUCACCUUCAUAGAAUCGCAAAAUCAAUAUAUGUAAUUCAAAACUUCUAUUUAAAGUAAUUAUUUUCAAAUUUUAUAUUUCCUACAAUUUCCUAUAUUAGUGUGUUUAUUGGUUUUUUUUUUAGUAUUUAAGUAGUUUUUAUAGACACGUUUUAAUGGUAACACACGUCUAGUUAGACAUACAAUGUACUAUGAGCUUUUUUUUUAUAUAUUUUUUAAACAUACCUAUUAGACUAUAUUAUUUGUUUAACAUAUAUUUAUUUUAUUAGAUUAUUAUAAUCCUUACAUCCUAUAACAGCCAAGCUCUAGGUACACGAGCUUGACCCUUUUUUUUUUUCAUUAAAUUAACGUUAGGCCAGCAUAUAAUACUAUAUAGAGAAAUACUGUACAAAAUAUUUAUUUGUGAAGAAAUAUAUUGUAAAUAAUAUAUAAUAAUAUAUAUUAUAUUACUGUCAUUAUGAAAAGUGUUGAUUAUCUUGUUGCUUUAUUAUUAUUAUUAUACAGUUAUAACUCUUAUGCAAAGUGUUCUCAAAAUAAAUAAUGAAAAAAAAAUAAUAAUAACAUUUGAAUUAAUAAAUUAAUAAUUGAAAUUGUUAUAUUUAAAAAUGUAAGUAAACUAAUUAAAUAAUAUUAUUAAAAGUAGUUAAGUAAAGCUGAUUUAAAAUGUGGAGUUAUUUUUCUAGCAAAAUAACAUUUUUUUUUUUAUAUAUAAUAUAUAUGUAUUUAAAAAGACAUAAAAAACUAUUUUAAAAUUAUAUUUUACCUACGUAUGUAAAUAUACACCUAUGUAUAUACAUAUGACAAGUAUGCGAACACAUUUUAAGACACUUUGUAUAGUUUUAUAACUAUGAGUAUUAUAUUAACUUUAUUAUAAAAAUUAAAACUUUUAUUCGAUUUUUUUUUAAUUAUGUAUAUUUACCAUUAAAUUAUUAAAUUUAUUUUCCACAAUGUCAUAGCAUCAUACAUCGAUUAUACAAUUAAAAUAAAGUUCUUAAAAUAUUAUUUACGAUUUACAAAUAAUAAUAUACCUCGAGCCUAUUCACACCGUCCUACGUUACAUCAGUAUCCAGUAUUCAGUAUACAAAAAAUUAGUCCAACCUAUUGAAUACUAUAACAAAAAUAAAUUACUUACAGUCAUAUCAAUACACUUUAAGAUAUCUUUACUAUUCCUUAAAAAAUUGUGGCUUCAAGCACACCAUCUCCAUUCAGAAUCAUUUAUCGGAUUCAAUGAUUUACUGUUUAAUUCAAAUUUAACUGAUCCAUUGCACUAUUACAGUGACCUACUUAGUGAUGAAGUACACUCAAAGCCUAAUAUAGAGAACGGCGACUUCCCCGGCUUAAAUAUCUAGAAUAAUUUCAAAGAUCCAAUGACGUGUUAUACGAAUAGUACCUACAGUUUUACAUGAACGUAUAGCUUAAGUCACUUAAGCUUACAAAUACAAGUAUUUCGUGUACUUAGAUUAAAAUUCUGCAUAAAUUACCUACCUAUAGUAAUGAUAUUUUUAUUCGUUGGUUGUCUAGGAUAAGUAAAAAUGUAUACAAUCAAUCAUCUAUCUGGUAACAAAAAAGAAAAAUAAAGCUGUGUACAUUUUAAUAAUAUUUUUCCUUAAUUUUUAUUUGGUUUUUCUCGAUUAAUUUAAAAAAAAUACAUAUUUCAUUGUAAAACUAAUACAUUUAUGAUUCAUCUCUCCACUAAAAAUCCAAAAUUCACAUUUUUUAACAACAAAAUAAUAAGAACAUUUCCUGAUUUUUACAAACCUUAAAAAAUUGUUAGUAUGAAUUUUCAACUUUUAUGAUAACUUAUUAGGAACCUUAUAAUAAAUUCCCAAAGGGUUUGACAUAGAAACACAUAAGUCAAAAAUUUAAAAUGUCUAUAAAUACUUAAAAAAAAAAAAGAAAAAAUACUUUGAUGAAAU